AUGAGUUGGGGGGUGUAUUUGUUGUUGAUUUUUGUUUGUGGUUUGUUUGUGGUGUUUGUUUGGUUAUUAUGGUGUUGGGGGGGGGUGGAGUUGUAUGUUUGGGGGGGGGGGGGGGGUUUGUGUGGGGUGGUUUGUUGUGAUAGGGGAGGGGUGGUGGUAGUGGGUGAGGAGGGGGGGGAUUUUGGGGUGUGGAGGGGUGGUGUGGUGGUGGUGAUGGGGUGGUGGGGUGUGGAUGGUUGUGUGAUUGUGGAGGGUUGUUUGUUGUGGUGUUUUUGGGGUUUGGGUUUGGGGGGGUGGGUUUGUGUUGGUGUUUGUUGGUUGUUGUUGGUGUGUGGUGUGGUGUUGGUGGGUGGGUGGUGUUGUGGGGUUUGGUGUUGUGGGGGGUUUGGGGUUGUGUUGUGUGUUGUGGGUUGUGUUGUGUUGGUGGGGGUUGUGGUUAGGGUGGGUUGUGGGGGGUGGGGGGGGGUUGGUGGUGGGGGUUGUUAUGGUGGGUUUGGGUUUUGGGAGUUUGUGGAUUUGGGUUUAUUGGUUUGGUGUGUAUUGUUGUGGGUUGGGUAUGGUGGGUGGGGGGUUGUUGUUUGUGUUUGUUUUGUUGGAGUGUUUUUGGUGGGGGUUUGGUGUGGUUGUUUUUGUUGGUUUGGUUGGUUGUUUUGUUGGGUGUUGUUGGGGGGGAGUUUGGUGGUAGGUGUUGGGGUUGUAUUUGUGGGGGGUUGGGUUUGGGUGGUUGUAUUUGUUGGGUUUGUUUUUGUGGUGGUUUUUUUUGUUUGUGUUGGUGGUGUGUGGUGGUUUGGUGGGGGUAUGUUUUGGUGGGGAGUUGUUGGGGUGGUGGGGUGGGGGUGUGUUUGGUGUUUAUUUUUGGUUUAUGGUGGGGGUAAGGUGUGGGUGUUGGAGUUUGGGGGGUUGGGUGUGAGGGGUUGUGGGGUUGGGGGUGUUUUUUGUUUUUUGUUUUUAGGUUGGGUAUGUUUAUUGUUGUUGGUUUUUGGGGGGUAUUUUUUGGUGGGUGUUUUGGGUUGGUGGGUGUGGGAUUUUUUUGUUGGUUUGUUUAGUUGGGUUUGGGAUUUAGUUGGUUUGUUUUAUUGGGGUUUUUGGGUGGUUGGGGUUGUUUUAGGGUGGGGUGUAUUAGUUGGGUAUGUAUGUUGUUUUGUGAUGUGGGUGUUUGGUGUUGGUAGUUUUGGAGGGGGGUUUUUUGGUGUGGUUGUGGGUGGGGUUGAGGGUGUUGGUUGUUUGGUUGGGGUGUGGUUUUUAGGGUGGAUUUUUGGUUGUUGGGUUUGUUUUUUGGUUGGUUUGGGUGUUUGGGUUGUUUGUGGUUGGGUAUGUGGAGUGGUUUGUUUGGGGGGUGUUGGGGGUUUUUUUGGUUGGUUUUUUUGGAGGUGUGGGGUGUUGGGUUGGGGUGGUGUGUGGUGGGUUGUGUGUGGGGGGGUGGUGUUUUGGUGGGGGUGUGGUGGAGGGGGUUUGGUUGGGUGGUUGUGGUGUUGA